CCUUCCUUUGCCUGGUUGUUCGCUGUGAGGCGGCCGUGAUGGGUUCCCGGGCGUCCACGUUGCUUCGGGACGAAGAGAUUGAAGAGAUCAAGAAGGAGACGGGCUUUUCUCACAGUCAGAUUACUCGUCUGUACAGCCGCUUUACCAGCCUGGACAAAGGAGAGAAUGGCACUCUUAGCCGUGAGGAUUUUCAGCGCAUUCCAGAGCUUGCCAUCAACCCGCUAGGAGACCGGAUUAUCAACGCCUUCUUCCCAGAAGGAGAAGACCAGGUAAACUUCCGUGGAUUCAUGAGAACUUUGGCCCACUUCCGCCCCAUUGAAGAUAAUGAGAAAAGCAAAGACCAGAAUGGACCAGAACCGCUCAACAGCCGGAGCAACAAGUUGCACUUUGCUUUUCAACUGUACGAUCUGGAUAAAGAUGACAAGAUUUCCCGGGAAGAGCUUCUUCAGGUGCUGCGGAUGAUGGUUGGUGUAAACAUCUCUGAUGAGCAGCUGGGCAGCAUUGCUGACAGAACUAUCCAGGAGGCUGAUCAGGAUGGUGAUAGUGCUAUUUCUUUUACAGAGUUUGUUAAGGUUUUGGAGAAGGUGGAUGUAGAGCAAAAAAUGAGCAUCCGAUUUCUUCACUGAUGGAUCAAGGUCCCUUCCUUGUUACCCUGAUAUUUAAGCAAUAGAGUUUAUUUGACCCUCCUUUCUCUUGAGCUUUGCUACUGGUACAUGUGAUGUACAUCUCCAAAUCCUUCUCAGUUUGUUCCAUCAACAUGAACAUUCCUUCUGCAUCAGAACAAAAGGACGUGGCUGCAGUGCAGCCUGGAAUGGAGCAGUUGAAAUGAGCCUCUUCCUCACAAC